UGAAGGUUCACACCAGUCAGAAGGUAACUACUAUACAGUAUAGUCCUCCUGAAUGUCUCUCUGUUGUCUGAACAUGAAGACCUCUGUGAUUGUCCUCAUCCUCUGCUGUCAGGUGUAUGCAGAAGACAAAGUUCUGCAUAUUGAUAUAUAUCUUAGUGGAUGCAGUGAUUCAGAUGGAGUGGAUAUGUAUGGACUGGAUGGUGAAGAGGAGUGGUACGCAGACUUCAACAAAAAGGAGGGAGUGGUGGCUCUGCCUCCGUUUGCAGAUCAGAUUACCUUCCCUGGUUUUUAUGAACAGGCUGUAGGUAAUCAGGGGGUAUGCAAAGCAAACCUGGCCACAUCUAUAAAAGCUUACAAGAACCCACCAGAGACAAUAGACCCUCCUCACAGCAGCAUCUACCCCAGGGAUGAUGUGGAACUGGGGGUGGAGAACACCCUCAUCUGCCACGUCAGUGGGUUCUUCCCUCCACCUGUCAGAGUCAGGUGGACCAGGAACAAUCAGAAUGUAACUGAGGGAGGGCGUAUCAGCACCCCCUACCCCAACACUGAUGUCACCUUCAACCAGUUCUCCAGUCUGAGCUUCACCCCAGAGGAGGGAGACAUCUAUGGCUGUACUGUGGAGCACAAGGCCCUUACUGAGCCCCUGACACGGAUCUGGGAACCUGAGGUGAGCCAGCCCAGUGUGGGCCCUGCUGUGUUCUGUGGUGUGGGUCUGACUCUGGGGCUGCUGGGAGUUGCUACCGGAACAUUCUUCCUCAUCAAAGGGAACCAGUGCAACUGAGACUACAGCUGUCAGAGCGUCACAGUUAAAUCUGUAUAAAUAUAGAGUAGAGAGAGUAGUACUUUAUUGAUCCCA